AUGGAUGCGCCUUCAGUGUCGGGGGAUUAUUCGGUACAAUCUACAGUUUCGGAUUUUGCGCCAAGGAAACGCUCCUUGAGGAAUCAAAGGAGGUCUGGGUCUCCAAGUGGAGUCUCCACACAUCUGCGCGAGAAUGUUAUGGGAGCACAAGAAGUACAAAAUGGACAAAUUUCAGCGAGCCCCGGGACAGGCCGUCCCAAACGUUCCGCCCAAAGAAUCAAGAGAUCGGAGGCUGGUAUCAUCGACGAUACAUUAAAGCCCCUGACGGAUGAGGAACGCAGGGCCUGGAAAGGGUGGUGUGAGCUGGAAAGUGAUCCAGCACUUUUCAACUUCAUCUUACGAGAGUACGGGGUCAAGGAUGUCAAGGUGCAGGAGGUUCUAGGUUUAGAGGAUGAAAUGUUACAAUAUCUACCGUAUGAAAUUUACCCUCAGAUGCUUGAAAUCCAUAUUGAUACUUCUCAAGAAAACCAGUACAACGCCUGUGCUACUAUUGCUCUUCUGAACAUUAUUAUGAAUGUCCCGGGGCUUGAUCUCGGAGACAUUGUCAGCAAUUUCAAGAGCGAUACCCAAUUUCUCAAACCAGCAUAUCGCGGCCAGAAACUAAGCCAAAAUGAGUACAUCAGAAAUAUCCAUAAUACAUUUGCCCGAAGAAUGGAUAUUCUAAACGCAGAUCUCGCUCUUUCGAAUGAGGUUUCCGCUUGGGAGAAUAAGAAGAAAACGAAAAAGAAAUCUGGAAAGACCAGGUCCAGAUCAGAUGAUGAGUCGGGCUUUCAUUUUAUUGCAUUUGUUCCAGUGAAGGGCGUUGUCUGGAGACUUGAUGGCUUGCAGCGUCAACCAGUCAGCUUAGGACAGUUUGAUAAUGACUGGAUUUCCGUUGCCCGUGCCAAUAUCUACCAACAUAUUGGCAAGUACGGUGAUGAUUUGCAAUUUAAUCUUUUAUCCUUGUGUGGAAGUCCGCUCCGCGCCAUUCCUUUAGAACUCGCCCAAAACAUCCACGCGAUCAAGCUUGUCGAAGCUUUGCUGCCGCAACAAACCCCCGAUUCAAAUAGCUACGCUCAGACCAACGUUGUGGGACUGAUUAGAGGACCUUCAGAGGAAUUUGGCGUUACAGACAAGCUACUUCAGGAAAUAGUACUUCCUUUGAGCACAUGCAACAUACUCGAGCGAGGAGGUACAGACGCGACCGCUCUUUUCAAGUUGCACCAGCAGUGGGUUGCCGAGCAAAAGGUACUGCGCAUCGCUUAUAGAAACGAACUGUCAUCGAUCAAGGACGAGAAUGAGCAGGCAGAUAGACGGAAGGAAGAUCACACGCCAACGGUCUAUCGCACAUUAAGAAGUCUAGCUGAUAAAGGCCUCCUAAAAGAGAUCAUGGAAGAAGUUCAGUCGACAUAG